UUAAUAGUUUAUUUGAAUAUCUUGAAAAAUAACGCGCCGAUUCCACAUAUUUGAGAUCGUCCCACGAAUCUUUACGUAUUAAAUUUUAAUUCGGCAUUAAAUAGAAAACAAUUAUGUUUAUGUUAAAUGUGAAUAAAAUUGGUGUUUUUCUGAACGGAGUUCUGAAUGGAGCAGCGUCCUCUGUGCAGGCCUCACGGCUCAGAGCAGCUGCAGGAGGAGGAGGAGGAGGACCCGGUGUAUUUUUAAAGCACUGCAGGAUCUGAGUCCGUGCAGGAAACCUGAGGUCAAGCUGCCUCCGUGUCUCUGCACGUCCAACACAUGAAACCUGAAGCUUUAACAGAUCAUCUGCAGCCAUGGAUUUAUUCAAGCAACAGAAAGUGGAGGAUUUCUAUGAGAUCGGUGAAGAGCUGGGAAGUGGACAGUUUGCCAUCGUGAAGCAGUGCCGAGAGAAAAGCUCGGGCCGGGACUUCGCCGCCAAGUUCAUCAAGAAGCGUCAGAGCAUAGCGAGUUCUCGAGGCGUGAGGCGGGACGAGAUCCAGCGCGAGGUGGACAUCCUGCAGCAGAUCCAGCACCCGAACAUCGUCACGCUGCACGACGUCUACGAGAACCGCACCGACGUGGUCCUCAUCCUGGAGCUGGUCUCUGGUGGGGAACUCUUUGACUUCCUGGCCCAGAAGGAGUCUCUGAGCGAGGAGGAGGCCACUCAGUUCAUCAAGCAGAUCCUGGAGGGCGUGAACUACCUCCACGCCAGGAAGAUCGCCCACUUCGAUCUCAAGCCUGAAAACAUAAUGUUACUGGACAAGAACGCACCGCUGCCCAGAAUCAAACUCAUAGACUUUGGUCUCGCGCACAAGAUUGAAGCCGGAGUUGAGUUCAAGAACAUAUUUGGGACCCCGGAGUUUGUGGCUCCAGAGAUCGUCAACUACGAGCCGCUGGGGUUAGAAGCCGACAUGUGGAGCAUCGGCGUCAUCACUUACAUCCUGCUGAGCGGUGCCUCUCCUUUUCUAGGAGAAACCAAACAAGACACACUCGAGAACAUCACGGCCAUUAACUAUGAGUUCGAUGAGGAGUUCUUCUGCCACACCAGCAACCUGGCCAAGAAGUUCAUCUGCCAACUACUGGAGAAGGACAAGAGGAAAAGAUUAACAAUCCAAGAUGCUCUCAACCACCCGUGGAUCAAGUCCAAUGAGAAUAAGGAGGAGAGUAAAGCCAAGGAGCCCAGGAAGCGUGAGCGCCGCCAGCUGAAGACCAAGCGUCUGAGGGAGUACACCAUCAAGUCUCACUCCAGCAUGCCUCCCAACAACACCUACGUCAACUUUGAGCGCUUCGCCCAGGUGGUGGAGGACAUCGACCACAUGGAGACCUCCUUCACCAGCCUGGCGGCGGCUCACGACUCCCUGCAGGAGGACAUCGACGCCAUGGUCUCCAUUUACAAUGAGAAGGAGGCGUGGUACAAGGAGGAGAGCGAGGGCGUGCGACACGAGCUCUCGCAAAUCCGCUACGAGUUCCGUAAGGUGGAGGCGCUGAAGAGGAGUCUGCAGGAGGACAUGAGGAGCUUCAGCUGCAGCCUGGACGCCGUCGGCGACCGAUACCGGGACAGACAGCUCCACCUGGACGCCCUGCACCUGGACCUCAGCAACCAGCUGAAGUGGGUCCAAGAGGCGUUGGGGUCAUUUCCCCUGGACAGAGGUGGAGGAGGAGGAGGAGGAGGAGGAGGAUUCUCCAGCUGCAGCUUCUCCAGCGUCUUUAACAACGAGGUGAACGAAGCCCUGAAGGAGCUGCUGAGUCGAUCCUGUGGAGGAGAAAUACUGUCUGGGAUCAACCUGGACCUGAGUGAGGCGGGACAGCAGAGAUAGAGCCUCCUUCUUUCCUUCCUUCUUUUCCUUGUGUCAUUUACAUUGAGAAGGAGAGAUAGAAACUCGUUCCAACAACAGCAUCUUUUUCACUUCUUUUUGGUUUGAUUCUCUCUUGUGGUGUGAGAAGUUCAGGGUUCGAGUGAAUGUUACGGCCCAGAUCAGUGGAGGAUCAAUAAAUGUUGUCAUGUUGAAGUAA